GGUUCUUUCUUUGCUCCCACUGGUUGAAUUAAAGAGCCAAAAAGUGGCAAUGACUGAAAACUCCAACAGAAGGAGCUUCACUAGAAAACCAAGUUCUGGGGUUAUUGUGAAGAGCGACUCUCCUUUGUCCUCCAAGAAAAUGAAUAGCAUUGAUCGUAGAGAAGGACAUGCUAGAAUAUCUUCAACUGGCACUCACAACAAACCCAUUAGAUCACGCAUUGAAAAGAUGGGUCCUAUCUGUAAAUCCAGAAAGGAGGCUGCUGCUGCUCCUUUUCUCCAAUGUUCUGUAGAAGAGGAUAUUGAUCUUGAUAAACAGUUGGCCAAGGAAAUUUGCUAUGAUGGUAGGGAGUGUAUGUGGUUGUCUUCAGAUUGCACAACCCCUUGGUCAGUUUUUGAGGAGAAUAGGCUAUUUUCUCCAUGUUCAACUCUUGAGAAUCCCAUCCCAGAUGCAGAGAAGACUUCCAAGAAUGAUUUGAAUGGAGGGGAGGUAGUUACAUGGCUACUGAGCUCAAGUACUCUGAGCGAUGCAGAUGAAAGCUGUUCUGAGAAUGUUGAAUGGCAGUCCUGUGAGGAACCCAAAAGUUGUGACAACUCUUCAACUCCUCCUAGCAGCAUGCCCGAUGAAUCUUCUCAAAUUUUCUACCCGAACAGAACGGGUUUCCCGGCCUCUUUGGUAAAUCUUGAUGGUGAAGAUUCUGACUUGAUUUCAGAUAAAACUCUGGAGUUGGUUUACUUGCAACCUGAUUUUCCUAGCCCAUCUUACAAGAGCAGUUUGCUUUCAACAGAAGAUUUCAAUAGCACUUUAACCGAGCAUGUUUCUGAAGCUAGUUUGGAAGAUUUCAAUUCUGAUGAACCAAUUUUCUGGCCCUUUGAACGGGAAUUCGAUUGGAGAUCUCAGGAGCCUUGGAUUUGGUUUUCUACUUCGCCUCGAAAGGACAUCAUAUCUCCUUCCAAAUCUGUUGGAGUAAAACUGCAUGCCAAAAAGGUUGAACCUAGAGGUUGUAGGAGAAGGCUUGAAUUCAGCUCAAAACGAUCAGCUUCAAAGACACUAGAGUUGGAGCAACAAGACAGCUCCAACGAUGUCCGCAGGAUCAAAACUGUGCCUUCAAGAUUGAGCAAAACAACCAAAAACACCAUGAAAAUUGUGCCCUUAGAAAUGGAAGAUAGCAUUCUAAAACCAAAAAAAGAUUGUUUUGAAUCAAACGAUAAGCUACCGAUUGAAAAGGAAGACUUUGUGUUGGAUGAAGAACUUCCAAUUGAGAAGCUGUUGGGUCUUGAUGAAUUCGACGGGCAUGAGGGAGUUGAUUCAGGAUUUGAUGGAGAUGUUUUCUCAUUGGAUGAGUCGCUCUGUUAGAUCAAACUCGGUUUUCUUCUGACUGAGACAGAAGACAGGACCAGGGUGUGAAAAUUUUGUUAGAGGAUAUGCGCUGUUUUUGCUUACAGAUUUUUGUCAUAGAGAGAUACAUCCUUUUAUGGGAAAGUUUCAUAAUAUUAGACAGAUAUACAAACAUGAUAUAGGAACAAGGAGAUCAAAUGGUGAUGCAGGUUCUGUUUCUUGAAUUUACUAGUCUCAUCUUACUUUUCCUGGAAAGUUUACAUGUUUGGUGCAUGCUUUCCACAGGAGGUGGGUUUUUUCUGUUCUAUUAA